CAAAAAUUGACAAAUUCACUAUUAUCAAAGUUUUGCACAUCUUUUUAUACUUCUACGAUUUUGCGUCAAGACCAACAUUUUGUGACCAGCCUUGUAUAUAAAAUGUUUUAAAAUGGUGGAUUGUUAUUGUGAACCUUCGGGUCUAAAAACUAGUAGUCGUACUUGGUCUAAAAAAGAUAUAAAAUUUCUCGUACGACGUAAACUGAAGAAGAAUCGUAGUCGUAUUUUAAGGCGAAAAAGAAGCAGACUAAAUUACUGGAAGCAACGUAAACAGCUAAAAACAAACAGGUAUAACCAAACUUUGUGUGAUACGAUUUCCGUGUGCAGCAUUACCGACAUGGAUUACCAGGAAGAGUUCCAUUCAUCGUUAAUACAACCGAUACCAGAGGUCGCCAAGUGGCACAAUCAGCAUCAAAUUUCGUACUGGAAAUCGCGCGCUUUAGCUUUAGAAUUGGAAAACAACCUGCUUCACAAGCACAUCGAAAAUUUGUACGCGAAGCAAACGCAAGAAUACGCCGACUGCGGCGAGUAUUACCUUGAACAGGGCUCGACCAAAAAGGGGCAUUUCACCGAUAGCGAUGGCGAGCAUUUCGUUAAAAGGGAGCGAAAACGCAACUCGCCUGAGGAACGGAUUUGGAAAGCACCCGAAGGAAACGCGAGACAGAAAAAAUUAGAAGAUAUGAAAAACGUUUACGGGGAUAUGGCACCGAAAAUUUUAGGAAUGGAAACCGCGAUACAAUUGAGUUAUGAUUUAUAUUUAGAAAAGUAUAAUCCGAAACACUGGCCUAAUAUUCCUCUUAGAUUAUAAAGCACGCUUUGGUACUGCAAUGUAAAUUAUUGUAAUUGGACAGAUUUUUUUACAAAAUAAAGUAAAAUAUAAAAACAUUGUG